AUGAAUUGCAUUGAAGAAAAGAAAAAAGGUGCUUUCUUUGUGGAUGGGCGGGGUGGUACCGGGAAAUCUUUUCUUUAUAGAGCCUUGCUAGCGACUGUGCGGUCUAGGGGUUGUAUAGCCCUGGCCACUGCAACAUCCGACAUUGCUGCGUCCAUAUUGCCUGGAGGUAGGACGACACACUCUAGGUUUAAAAUUCCAAUAGAUUUGUCGGAUGUCAAAUUUUGCAGUAUUAGCAAACAAAGUUGUCUAGGGUCGCUCAUACGUGAGAGCAAGUUGAUUGUGUGGGAUGAGGCGCCAAUGGCUAAAAGGGAUGCCAUUGAGGCGCUCAAUCUUGCGCUGAAGGACCUCUGUUGUUCUGAUGAAUUCUUUGGUGGUAAGGUCAUAGUUUUUGGUGGUAACUUUAGGCAGGUUCUGCCUGUAUUGCGUAGAGCAACCAAAGAUGAAACAAUAGGUGCUUGUCUGAGUAGCUCAUACAUAUGGCCCUUGCUUACGAAACUGAAACUGGUGGAAAACAUGCGCGCGCGUUUAGAUCCUUUAUUCACGGAGAUGCUUCUGAGAAUAGAAAAUGGACAGGAACGUACGUAUGAUGAGGACCUCAUUAAGAUACCGCCUUCAAUAACUAUUUCAGAAUGUCUUUCUGAGGACUCUUUGGAUGAGCUAAUUAGAAUAAUAUAUCUAGAUCUGGCGCACCUAACCGAAACAGAACUUUCAGUGAAUAGAGCAAUUCUCACAACCAAAAAUACCUUUGUAGAUGAGGUGAACACAAAACUCAUAAAUGAGUUCCCAGGUGAUUUGGUGGAGUAUUUGAGCUUUGAUAAGGUAGAGAACCCAGCCCAUGAAGCAGAGUAUGGAGACCUCAUAAAUUUGCUAACACCAAGCGGUAUUCCAGAGCAUAGGCUGAGGUUGAAGAAAAAUGCACCGGUUAUACUACUGAGAAAUUUGGAUCCUACAGAGGGCCUUUGCAAUGGAACAAGGCUGAUAUGCAAACAACUGGAUAAGAAUGUCACCCACGCUCAGAUUUCAGUUGGAGACUUUUCAGGCAAAAGUGUUUUCAUACAUAGAAUACUGUUUGAACCUUUAGCAGAAGAACAAUAUCUCGUUUUCUACAAGCGCAUCCAGUCAGUUGCGUGCUUGCAGAUCUUCGAUGAACAUGUGUGCCAAGGGAUUGUUUUGUGUGUGUUUGCAGAAGCUGCUGUGUGGCCCAAUACUGUGCACUGCCUGGUGCAAGCGCCGUCUUCGCUGAAAAUCCGGUCAAGGAUUACAGCAUCACCUUAUUGUACGAAAAAUCUUUUACCCGGCACGCAAGUUGCGGCAGUGGCGUAUAACAAUAAUAUUUGGGAGUCUUUGCCACUGCUGCAGCUCUAUAAGAGAUACUAUGUCUCCGGGGCUACCCUAAACAAGGCAGACCCGAAAUAUCAUAUUGGCUCUUAUCAGUUCUCAUGGACAAUCACCAACCGCACUUUGAUUCAACCUUGUGACGAUGACAUGCUGGACGAACUUGACUGUCACAUUGAGUGUGAAAAGGUUGGGAAUUUGCAUAGGUUUGUGGACACUGAAGAUCUAUAG